AUGUUCCAGUCGCCGCCCGCGUAUUCGGGGAACCAGGGCGCGUCCUACAAGGGCAGCCUCGAGUUCACGCUCGGCGCGCUCGCGGGCGACCUGACGGUGCCCUCCAUGGCCCACAACCUCGUCGAGAUCGAGUGCGCCUACUGCGACGUCAACGAGGGCAUCACGCUCGCGUUCCCGAUGUGGAACGCGACGGCGUUCGACGGCGCGACGACGUCGUACUCCAUCUCCCUGGACGAGGCCGCGGGCUGGAUCAAGGACCCGAAAAACACGCUGCUCCAGUGGCCGACGCCGACGCAGUGCGAGAUGAUCGAGGUGCUGAGCGGCAUCACGGCCAUCCGCAUCCUCGGCGACUUCACGGACUGGUACGAGUCCAUCGCGCUCGACGCGGUCGCGCUCAAGGCGCCGGCCAGCGGCAUCUCCGAGGUGCCCGUCUGCGCCCAGCGCACCCCCGACGCCUCCACCUGCACCUGCGCCUGA